GACGGAGGGGGGCGGAGGAGGAGCGCGGGCGACGUGCGCCUUCAGAGAGCAGAUGGCAUAUUUUCAAAUGCCUUGCCACUGUCUUGCGGCUCCAGCUGCACGUGUCCUGCGGCAGAGACAUAACCAAGUAUCACCGAACGAAUCCGGUGUGAAAAGCGUAUACUGUUAAGCGUAAACAGUGAAUUCGAAGUGCGCAACGGGUGGACCGUGCACCACGCUCCUACGGCGGAAGGCUGGCAAAUGCACUCCUGUCACGGCAAACUGGUGCUUUCGUCGGGCGUCGCGUCGUGUCCGAAAAAAAACACAUGAGUCCGAGCCUUGCCACCUGCGUCAAAUGUCAUUGACAUCCCUAAGGGAAAAAAAUUGAAAAGGACUGUGCACUGAAAUUGAAGGAGGCGCAGAGUACGCGAAAGAGGGCGGCCAUCAAGCAGGCGUGGCAAUGGCAAUGCCAUCUCACAUCAGCAGGCUCACCAGAGAAGCAGAGAGAGAGAGACAAAGAGAGAGAGAGAGAGAAAAGAGAGAGAGAGAGGGAGACAUCAGCAGCAGCAGCAGCAGCAGCAGCAGUAGGAGCCUGCGCGCGCCCACUCUGCCGGCCAAGCGCGCCAACGCCUGCCGACUCAGGGCGGUGACCGACUCCAGCCGCCCUCUGGGCGGAGAGGCCGAGGGGGCGAGCACCUCUCCUCCAC